AAAGCCCAACACUGCUUGUAGUCUUUGAUAGCCUUCUUGGUCUUCUUGUUUUACACUCAAUCAAACAGAAUUACAUAAACCUUACCAACUUAGUUACCUCAAAAACUUGUUUUUUUGAUGAAGUCUUAUUUAGACAUUGUCAUAAAAAAAACUGUUGCAACGUAAUAAUAGAAUAAUUACAAUAAUCAAAGCAAUAUAAUAGUGUCAUGUCGGAUUUAUAGUUUUCUUUUGACAAUGAGUUUUGCCUACGUAUUUGUUCAUCGUCAAACUCCAGCCAAUUCACGUCGAAUCGUCAGAACAGAAAAUAUAUUGAAGUUUGACACAGAUUCUUUUGUGUGUGAAGACAAAGUUAAACGAUCACAACAGAUCUAUUCACUAUCGAUAUCUGAUGGUAAAUUAGCAACUUGUCAGGUGCUAGCCAUUGCAGACAAUGCGGUUGAUAUCGAGAAGCUGAGUCAAUCUAAGCGUUUUCAUGUUCCAAAAUUGAGUGUUUCUAUAGUGGAUCAAUUUGCUGAAAAGUCGUCAUCUGACACAUCGGAUAGUGAAAAAGAAAAACAAAAACGCAAGAGACAUAAAAAAGAACAAGCCAAAUCAUCAAAAGAAGCUGAGAAAGAAAUUACUAAAAAGUAUAAAAGGAUUAAUAGCGUAUAUGAUGACAGUGACAACAACUCAUUAGAAGACGAAGAUUAUGAGGCAGAGGGAAGUGAAGUAUUAUCUCCUAUCAGGCCUAGUACUGUAUGGGCAGAGCCUUAUAUUGAUAAUCCGGUUUUUUCAUCAUCGGUUAUAAAAAAUCAAGAAGCAACUCAUAAAACUGGCAAGGUUAGUCGUCUCAUUUCACCUGUUAAAACAGUAAAUCAGUCGGCACCUAGUAUUAGUAAAAAAUUAGUAUAUGAUGAAAAUACCGAAAAUUCAAACUCUAAGACAUCAAGUAUGUCAAACAAGGUUCAGACAGAAGAAUUAUUAAAAGCUCAAAAUGAAGCCAAGUCGUGGAAAAAAAAAUAUUUUGAUCUUCUUGACUCUCAAGCAUAUCCUCUCACAGAAAGAACUGGUCAAAAGCUGAUUGAUCUUCUUGAACAAUCAUCUUCAGAGGUCAACGAAUCAAACAAUGUAUCAUCUAGAAAAAAAAGCGAAAAUGAAGUAUCAGUUUCACGUUGUGCAGAAAAUGAACCAGCUCGUGUUGUACCUGAUGAUGAUGAUGAUGAUGACAAUAAAACAAUUGUAAAGGAGUUAUUGUCGAAAUCUUUCAGAAAUGCUGGGGAAUGUGCCAAGUCAAUAACAAGACAUUUAUGGACAGAUGAGGAGUUGGAAACUCGAGUUGUCCGUAGGGUCAAAGGGAAUAAUAAAAAAAUUUUAACACCUUCGAAAACCGUAAGAGCUAGAAACAUAUUUCGCAAGUGGCUAAAAGCUAAAGAUUACGGAAAAGAUGCUCGAAAUAUGGAGAUGAAUAGUCUAAGUGGCUACAUGGGUCGGGUCAUAGAAAAUGUUGCGCGCAGUAAGAAGAGACAACUCGAAAAGAAAGAAGUGGAAAAUCCAGAUGCGGGUGGCGAAAAAGAUGUCGAGGACUUAGAAAUAAACAGGCAGGUUGAUCCACUCUUAGAUGCCAUCUUGAAGCGUAAAUAAAUAAAGACUUACAUGUAUUAUUAUAUAAAUAUUCAAUUUAAAUUUAUCAUUCUAUGGAACAUCAUUUUGUAGAACAUAAUGAUGAAAUGUAAACAAAUAUACUAUAAAAUUACUGUGCAAAUUGUUCUACCUUUUUCCAAAAUGAUCCAUUGUUUUGUGGCAUGAUAUUUUCAAAACAAGCAAGAUAUGGUGAAACCGACCAAAGAACCCGGCGACAGUUUUAAUAUUUUUAGGCCACGUUUCCAUGAAUUCAUAAAUGAUGGCACAUAUACUAGUGCAAAGCAUUGUGUCCGUGUAAUUUUUAUGUUUGGUCGCGAUCGAGAAAAAAAAUAAAGAUAGACAGCAACACAACAACAGUUUAGAAUAAUCUUGAAAUUAUAUUUAAAUAUACUAAAUCAUUGUUGUUGUUGUUGACUAACCUUAUUUUUUUUCUCUUUUUUUUCCCGAUCGCAACCGAACAUAAAAAUUUUAUGGACACAAUGCUUUGCACUAGUAUAUGUGCCAUCGUUAUGAAUUCAUGGAAACGCGGCCUAAAAAUAUUAAAUCGGUUGCCGGGUUCUUUGGCCGAUUUCACCAUAUAUAACCGACUAAUGACCCACCAAGAAAGCAUUGGCGGUUACCAUAUAUUGUGGCGGGAUAGUGGCGGGAUAUUGGCGGGAUACAUUACCCACCAAGGGAGCAUUGGCGGUUACCAUAUAUUGUGGCGGGAUACAUUACCCACCAAGGAAGCAUUGGCGGUUACCAUAUAUUGUGGCGGGAUAUUGGCGGGAUAUUGGCGGGAUACAUAACCCACCAAGGGAGCAUUGGCGGUUACCAUAUAUUGUAGCGGGAUAUUGGCGGGAUAUUGGCGGGAUACAUAACCCACCAAGGAAGCAUUGGCGGUUACCAUAUAUUGUGGCGGGAUAUUGGCGGGAUACAUAACCCACCAAGGAAGCAUUGGCGGUUACCAUAUAUUGUGGCGGGAUAGUGGCGGGAUACAUUACCCACCAAGGAAGCAUUGGCGGUUACCAUAUAUUGUGGCGGGAUAUUGGCGGGAUAUUGGCGGGAUACAUAACCCACCAAGGGAGUAUUGGCGGUUACCAUAUAUUGUGGCGGGAUAUUGGCGGGAUAUUGGCGGGAUACAUAACCCACCAAGGGAGCAUUGGCGGUUACCAUAUAUUGUGGCGGGAUAUUGGCGGGAUACAUAACCCACCAAGGGAGCAUUGGCGGUUACCAUAUAUUGUGGCGGGAUAGUGGCGGGAUAUUGGCGGGAUACAUAACCCGCCAAGGAAGCAUUGGCGGUUACCAUAUAUUGUGGCGGGAUAUUGGCGGGAUAUUGGCGGGAUACAUAACCCACCAAUGGGUCAAUUACGGGAUAUGCCGGGAUAUUUGGCGGGAUAUUG